AGCAACGGCCAUUUCAAGGGUAGUUGUCGAAAGGCGGCGUGAAAUUCUGCGUGGUCGCAGUUCUUCACCGUCGUCCGUCGAAAGCAGCAGCAAUUUUUUCCGGGAGAUGAGUUUUCCUCCUCUCAUUGUGUGAUUUUCCACUGUGGAUUCGAGUGCAUGAGCUCAACGUGCAAACGCGAAAAUGCAUUUAUCACUGGUAUUGCUUUGAUAAAUACCACAAUUAGUUGCGGCAGGCGGUGUGAGAUUGUGUGAAAAUUUGUUUUUCCCAAACCCAUUUCGCGUGUUUUUAGUCGUGCUUUUUUGGGGGGGUUGAAAAGUCUGAGUGUGUUGGUAGUAGAGUUUGUGCAUCUUUUGCGCGAGUGCGGGUGCGAGUGGGUGAAAAUUUUGUUAGUGAAAAGUGCAGGGAGAGGUAUAAGAGUUGCGUGGCAUGCUCCAGAAUCUUCCCAGGCGGAUGAAAAUGGAGAAAAAUCAGGAGAAACGUGUUUACAUGCUGGUGCUGACAGGAGGACCAUGCGGAGGUAAAACCACCGGUCAAGCGCGUUUGAGCACAUUUUUCGAGAAUCUGGGAUGGAAGGUGUUCCGAGUGCCUGAAGCCGCAUCAAUUUUGCUGAGUGGUGGUGUGAAAUUUUCCGAGUUGACUCGAAAAGAAGCUCUGAAAUUCCAGGAGAAUCUUGUGAGAACCAUGCUCCAACUUGAGAAUACAUAUUAUGAGUUGGCAAAGGGUCAUGUUAGGAAAGAAAAUGCACGAGGAUGUUUGAUUAUUUGUGAUCGUGGAAUUAUGGAUGCGGGUGCAUAUAUACCAAAAGAAGAUUGGGAGAGGCUUCUGACGGAGAAUGCUUGGAAUACAAUUGAAUUGCGAGACAAUCGUUACAACCAAAUAAUUCACAUGGUAUCUGCUGCAAAUGGUGCUGAAGAUUUCUACAGUGUUGAGGGUCACAGUUGUCGAUCCGAAGAUGUUGGUUUAGCCCGUGAACUUGAUUACAAGGCGGCCGCAGCAUGGGUUGGUCAUCCCUAUUUCGAUGUGAUUGACAAUUCAACAGACUUUGAGACAAAAAUAAAGCGAAUGAUCAGCAGUGUUUGCCAGAAGGUUGGCAUCGACACCGGUGAUCGUCUCUUGACCACAUCGAAGAAGGUGAAAUUUCACGUUCUUGGACCUUUGCCACCAGAUUCAGCGUUCCCGCCAUUUCAAGAUUUCGAUGUUGAGCACCAUUACUUGCAGUCCACGAGUGGACGGGUGCAGGCUAGACUGCGGAAACGUGGUCAGAAGGGUCACUGGAGCUAUAUCCAUACGAUCCGGAGGCCCCAUCCCAAUGGCCAGUACGUGGAGGUGAAGACUCAAAUGACCGCCAGGGAUUACAAUAAUCUGCUCAAUCAGGCGGAUGAUGCCCAUUUCAAGAUCAUCAAGACACGACGGUGCUUUCUCGUGAACAAUCAGUACUUCCAAUUGGACAUUUACAAGGAGCCCUGUCAUGCAAGAUGCUUGGGCUUGAUGCUCCUCGAGACUUAUACAUCGCUCGAGGGCAAAGCACUCGAGGAUUGCCUGCCGAAAUUCCUCAACAUCAACAAGGAGGUGACCGGCGAUCCGAAUUACUCCAUGUUCAAUUUGUCCUUGCGCGAAGAGUGGGAUAGGACGCAAAAAUUCUGUCGCUCCUUGCAUGGUAAAAAGAACAUGAAUAAUAUGUGCAGUGCAAAUUCCAGAGAUAAUGAGGAAGCAUGCAAUGAAUGUCAGCAUCAGGGCAAAUAAUAACCAAAAAAAAAAAAAAAACAAAUCUUCCCAAAAAAAGACACAAAAAUUAUUUUGCCUCUGACAAAAGACAUUUUGUUCCCCAAAAAAAGGUACACACGAUAUAUACUUUCAUAGAGAAGAAUGAAAAAAAAAUAUAUCAAUGAGAUUUGCAAAAAAUAUUCCUUUUGCAAAAAAAAAACAAAUAUUGGAUAGAAUGUUGUUGAUCAAACAGACAAAAAAUGAAGAGAAAAAAGAAAUAUUUUUUGAAAUGUGUAGAGGAAAUUUGAAAAUGGGACACAUAGAGUCCGAUUAGAGAGAGAAUAAGCAGUAUUAUCUACAACUUUCUAGAAUUUUUUCCUUCAGAUUUCUUUCUCAAAUUUGAUGUGUAAAUAGAUUUUUAGGGAGAAACAGUAGAUAGCAUUUCAAGGGGAAUUUUUUUUCAGACAUUUCUUCUACAAUUUGUCUUUAUGCAUGCGUUAUUUUUUUUUACCAAGGAAACACAAAAAAUUGAAAUAAUUUAGUUGAUAACAGUGCUAGAAGAGAAAUAUAGAGGCAUUUGAUGAAUUAUUAUUCAGAUGUUAAAAAAUAUUAAAUACCAUAAAAUAUUUUUUAGUCCCAUUGCAUCCUAUGCUUGGCUAAAAUUAAUUUAAUUUAAUUAACUGGAGUGGAAUUUUCUAAUAUCGAUUCAAUCUGAACUUGUUUUUAAGGUUCAAAGAGAACUCUCAAAAACUUUAAAGUCAAUUUGAGAAUGUUUAUUGAAAAUUUGAAAUUGACGUAAGAAUGAGAUAAUUUCAAUAGUUAACGGCAAUGCAAAUUUUUAAAACAAUAACCUCAAACACAAAGUGAGGUUAUGUUCGAAAUGAAACACCCUGGAGAAGUUUUUUUUCACAUGGGUAUAACACCUGAAACUUCUAAAUACUUCCCUUCAUAUUGCAAAAAUUUUAGUUCUUGGAAGAUGAAUAAAUUCAUUUUUAUUAAGGCAAGAAAUUAUUUAAAAAUGUGAAGUUAUGUUGGACUUAACCUCAAAAGCCAGCAGAGCAAAUUUUAUGAAUGGAGGGGAACUUCUAAAUACUUUCCUUCAUAUUGCAAAAAUAUUAGCUCUUGAAAGAUAUAUAAAUUAAUUUUUUUAUUGAGACAAGAAAUAAUUUUAAAAUGUGAAUUUAUGUCGGAUUUAACCUCAAAAGCCAGAACAAAUUUUAUAAUCAGAAAGGAACUCCUAAAUACUUUCCUUCAUAUUGCAAAAAAUUUAAUUCUUGGAAGAUAAAUAAAUUCAUUUUCAUUAAGGCAAGAAUUUAUUUAGAAAUAUGAAGUUAUAUCGCACUUAACCUCAAAAGCCAGAACAAAUUUUAUAAUUAGGAAGGAACUUCUAAAUACUUCUCUUCAUAUUGCAAAAAAAAAAUUCUUGGAAGAUAAAUAAAUUCAUCUUCAUUAAGGCAAGAAUUCAUUUAGAAAUUAUGAGGUUAUGUCGGAUUUAACCACAAAAGCCAGCAGAGCAUAUUUUAAGAAUGGAGAAGAACUUCUAAAUACUUUCCUUGAUAUUGCAAAAAUUUUAGCUCUUGAAAGAUAAAUUCAUCUUUAUUAGGACAAGAAAUUAUUUAAAAAUGUAAGGUUAUAUCGGACUUAACCUUAAAAACCAGAGCAAAUUUUAUGAAUGGAAGGAAACUCCUAAAUACAUAUUUCCUUUAUAUUAAAUUGUUAUUAAUGCGUGUCUUGGGAGAGAAUAAAGGCAAUUUUUACCGUUUUUUACUUAAAAAUUCAGCAAUAUCUGAGAAAUUUUCAAAGAAAUCUAUCAUUUCAUUUAAAAAUUAAAUCUAAACGCACAAAAUUCUAAAGCAUUAAAAUCAAUUUAUUGGUGUUUUAUUAUUUUUAUUAAAAUCAAAAGCUAUGCUAAAUUUAUUUAUUCAAAAAGCUGUUUUACAGUGUGAGGUUAUGCUUGACAUAACCUAUAAAGUUUAUUAAAACUCAAAAAUGGUGAUUUGGCAUGUUCUCUUUACUCGAAAAUAUGGUAGAGUCUGUCCUUUUUAAAAAAACAAAAUCCUAAAUAAGGUUAACAGAAAAAGCGCACAAAACUAAAUAUUACCAAAACAAUUUUUUUUGAAAUUAAUUACAAUAAAAUAAUAAAAUAAAUACAA